AUCCGCCAUGCACGCAGCAUCAUCCCUCUCACCCACUUACUCUCAGAUUCCUCCCGGUCUUGACUACAUUCCGGAUAAAUAGCAAGAAUGGCGUACCAAGGACAAACCGACAUCGUUUCUGGGGAGCAAUACCGAUAUGCUUUGACUAACUUCCGCAUUGCCCACGAGAAGGUAGAGGAGCAACGAGUACAGCUACAGGAGCAGGAGAAGCAGGUUGCCCUCCUGCGAGCCAGGAUCGCCCUACUUGAGGGGACAAAUCAGAAUAGCCAUCUGGGCGUGAGCAAGCUUGGUGGGAACUCGGUCGAUGACUUUUCUAUCAAGAAUGCCGCGUCGGGUUUGGAGAGGCAGAUCAACCGUUGGGCCGCGGACGUGACCCGCGCACCUCCUGUACCCUUCAACACGAUUCGCCAAGCUGCGCUUACGGACGUGUUCGACGAUGAUCCACCGGAGCUCGGGCCCAACGCACCCAACGCUACUGGUAUCCAGAUUCAGAGCUUGCUACGCCAUGCUGUCUCGAAGACCAUUGCUGAAGGCAUCGUGAAUUGCCUGAUCGUCACAGACUCCCCUGAGGCGAACAUCCAGCUCACGCGGAUACACGAGCACAUCUUCUCCCGUGAUGCUACCGUGGCGGCAGUAUGGCGCCGACAGACCUUCACCGCCGCCGUCGAGUCUUGCUCGGAAGACAUGUCCCGCUUCUUCCUAUCCGAGCACAUGCCAAACCUCACGAAGAUCCUUGGCCUCGACACUAACGCCAAGGGCACCGCCGCCAGCGGCAUCUAUCUUGUCCUCGAAGCCGCCUACGAGUUCUCGCGCAUGCUCCACGGGGCUCCAUCGAGUUCCGGUGGCUCCGUUGACGCGUUCUACCGCGCGUUCGUCCCCGACGUCGCGAUCACCAUGAACCCGCGGCAGAUCGAGCUCGUCAAGAGAUGCCACAAGACGGAGAGGGGCGAGCUGGAUCGUGUUGGCGCGACGGUGUUCCCUGGAUUGGUAAAGGUCUCCCGGGGACCCCAGGGCCCGAACGGAGUCUCGACAGAGGACGUCCAGACGGUGGUGCGGAGAGCGCAAGUUAUAUGCGAAUGCGCUUUGAUGGGCACAGGAGUGGUAUCGCCUGGUGUAGGUAUGGGCCCCGGUGUUAUGGGCGUGUCGCCCCCACCAUCUGCGCCUCCGUCGGUGUCUCCGCAACCAUACGCACACCCGCACGGGGGAUACUGAUAGAAUUUUGGCAUCUUACCGACUGUCGCUUAGGUAUAGGAUCGGUUCCUAAAGCUGUGUUGUCCGUGCACUAGUACGAUGUCUGAUGGUUUCAAUCAAGCAAGCUAUCAUACCACCGGUAGGCCACAAACGCAAGGCUAACUGAAGAAGGUGGUCAAAAGCAAUGCUCAGCCGAGUACAUCAAAGUAUUGUCCUAUUUAUAUCAGGUUAGGAAAUCGACAAAUCGAUGCGGAGGGUUCGGCUGUCCAGGACCCCGAAGAACCGGUCU